UAGCGCACAAACAGCUCAACAUGGCUGCGUUGUCGGAGUCGCGUUGAUAAACAGGAUUUGCAGUGAACUCGCCUGAGGACUCAAUGCAGUGAUGGCUAAUAGUAAAUAUGAAUAUGUGAGACACUUUGAAACCCAGGACAGAUGUCUUCCAAACUGUUGGAUAGUGGUGAGAUUGGACGGCAAAAACUUUCACAAGUUCUCAGAUAGUCACGAGUUCAGCAAACCAAAUGAUGAAGCAGCUCUAAACCUAAUGAACUGCUGUGCAGUGUACGUCAUGAAUGAAUUCCAGGACAUCACUGUUGCAUAUGGAGAAAGUGACGAGUAUAGCUUUGUGUUUAGGAAAGGUACAACACAGUUUAGCAGAAGGGCAAGUAAAUUAAUGACCAAUGUGGUAUCCUUGUUUGCUGCCUCUUAUGUUUUCAAUUGGAGUAAGUUCUUUCCAAACAAACAGUUGAUGUACCCACCUGCGUUUGAUUGUCGGGUAGUUGUUUACCCCAGUGAUGAAAACCUCAGAGAUUACUUGAGUUGGAGGCAAGCAGACUGUCAUAUCAAUAAUUUAUACAAUACAUGUUUCUGGAAGUUAGUUUUACAAGGUGGAUAUUCUACUAAAGAAGCGGAACAAAAACUGAAAGGAACUUAUUCCAGUGAUAAAAAUGAGCUGCUUUUCUCUCAAUUUGAUAUAAAUUACAAUGAAUUACCGCAAUUAUUCAGGAAAGGAACUGUACUAUUUUGGCAGAAGGUUGAAGAGAAAUUGAUGAAACACUUCAAGAGUAAAGACAGUGAGAGAUUAGAAACGAAAGAAGUAACUCGGGUCAGGAAUGUGGUUGUAACGCAGCAUAUAGACAUUAUUGGAGAUGAAUUCUGGAAAUUACAUCCAGAAAUACUUGGAAAAGCAAAAAGUUGA